AUGGCAGAGACCGCUCUGCGUGUCUCAUUGCAAAAGCUAUGUGACCCUCUUGUACUUGGACUAGCUUUCCUCUAUAAAGUACCGGAUCAAGUCGAAAGGCUCAGGUUUGAGUUAGAGAGGAUGCAUUCCUUCCUCAAAAUCAUACAAAACAUGGGAGAAACUGAUGAUAUGACAAACUUUGCGGGGCAAAUAAGAGAAUUAGCUCAUGAGGCUGAGGAUGUCAUCUUCGAGUUUCUUCAUCAUGCUGAACAGCGAAAGCGAAGCGGAUUCUUGGGUGGUUUAGCUAAUUAUAUCCUCUUCAUUUGGCAGUUGAGGGGUCUUCACAAGGUGGGCACAAAGAUCGAAGAGAUUAACUAUAAAGUUGAUGAUCUUUCAAAGAGGAAGGAUAAAAAAAAGUUGAGUUCCUUAACAAGAUCGUUGUUGAAUGGACAAAAACAACGCUGUGUGGUUGCUGUGGUUGGGAUGGGUGGCGUGGGAAAGACUACUCUUGCAAAGAAAGCCUACAACCAAGAUGAUGUAAAGAGACAUUUUAGUUGCUUUGCUUGGGUUUGUGUAUCUCAGACAUACCAAGUGAAUGAAAUACUUCGUGGUGUGAUAAAUGGAGUCAUGACGCCUCCAGCAGACACACAAAAUAUUGAUUACCAAGAAUUGAAGAGGGUUCUCUCUAAUCAUUUGCAGGAAAGGAGGUAUUUAGUAGUCUUUGAUGAUACAUUGAAGACUGAUGCCUGGGAAAGUAUAGAAGCUGCCCUGCCAGACAGGAAGAACGGAAGUAGAGUUGUAAUAACAACUCGCAUAGAGCCAGUAGCUUCUUUAAUUGCUUCAAUGGAUUCAGUCCAUUAUCUAAAGCCAUUGCCAAAAGAAGAAAGCUGGGAGCUACUCUGCCGAAGGGCAUUUGUAAAAUCUAAUGGAAGGUGCCCUGAAACUAUGAGAGAUAUGAGCCACCAAAUUGCACAAAGAUGUGGUGGCCUACAGCUCGCUUUUGCUGUUGUCGGAGGCCUCUUGUCCACAAAAGCCAUGACACCGUUAUCAUGGAAGAGAGUGCUUGAUGGCUUUCGUUGGCACCUGGAUGAAGGUGAUGUCAAAAUCUCUGAUGUCUUAUCAUUGAGUUAUUUCGAUUUACCCUGUUACCUCAAACCAUGCUUCUUAUAUUUGUCUGUGUUUCCCGAGGACUUCAAGAUUAGAAGAACAACGUUAGUUCAAUUGUGGCUAGCUGAGGGGUUUAUUGCGAAGCGAGGAGGUGAGACAUUGGAAGAUGUAGCAGAAGACUAUUUUGAAGAAUUGGUAAGUCGGAAUAUAUUGCAGGUGGAACGCAUGAGUUUGAGCGGACACAUCAAAUCAUGUGUUGUUCAUGAUCUUUUGCGUGACUUGGCAAUAGCCAAAGCGAAGGAGGAGAACUUCUUGGGAGUGAUUGCUCGUAAAGAUGACAUGCCCUCUCAAAGAGCUCGAAGCCUUACCUUCCACUGCAGUAUUGAAGACCAUGUCUCAUUCCUUAAAAAUGUCCGUUCGUUCCUUUUAUCACUAAGGCUUCGAGUUUUUGGGAACCCAAUAAACUAUUCAAUACACUAUUUGCCCAACGUUGAGCUACUUCGGGUGUUAGUGCUUGAGAAUAUUACAACAUAUUACUUACCGAAGCAAUUGGGAAUUUUGACUCAUCUCAGUUCCCCCCCCCCCCCGACGUUCCUUGAGAAAAUGAAGCUACGAGGAAAUUUAGAGAAGCUACCAAGCUGGUUUGGCAGCCUGCAAUGCCUCGCCAAGGUGGUUUUAGUGCACGGUAGAUGGAACAUAGAUGGUUUCUUGAGGCUCCAGGUGUUGCCGAAGCUGUGUAUUCUUGUCUUAUCGUCUGAUUCGUAUGUCGGAAAGGAUAUGAGUUGCAUUGCCGGAGGCUUUCCUCGACUCCAGUACCUGAUGCUUCAUGGUCUUCAAGAGUUGGAGGAGUGGAAGAAGUUAGAGGAGGGAUCCAUGCCAUGCCUUCGAACUCUAAUCAUCAUGGAGUGUUACAAGCUGAGGCGGCUUCCGAAAAGGUUGUGGCACAUUGUUAACCUCCAGGAUGAUGAGUGA